CUUGUUCCAGGUCCUGGUUCACAUGGCUUUUAUUUCAAAGGUCACAAGAUUACCAUUCAACGUAUCGACCCAAGUUUUGAAAAGGAUAAGAAUGGUGACAAGGAAGAUACUACAAAACUUGUUCUUACUGUUUCUGCAUGGAAUGGAAAGGAAAUUUUGAAGAAUAUUCUUCAAGAAGCCAUUGAAUGUUAUUUCCAAAGUGAGAAGGGUGUCACUUCAGUCUAUACUCUCUCCACUGAUUAUUAUAGAGAUUGGGAAAAGUUGUGUGAUAGACCUUAUCGUUCAUUUGAUACUGUCUAUUUGGAAGAAGACAUUAAGCAAAAUUUGAUUAAGGACAUGGAUAGAUUUAUGAGUAAUGAAAUCUUCUACAGGGAAAAUAGUCUCAAUUAUCAGAGAGGGUAUCUUUGUUAUGGUCCUCCUGGUUCUGGUAAAUCAAGUUUAGUUUUGGCUAUGGCUGCCAAAUUGAAGUGUUGUUUAUUUUCAGUUAGUUUGAAUGAUAAGAGCUUGGACGAUUCCAAAUUGCAAAAGAUGUUAACAAAGCUCCCAAAAAGAGGUAUCGUUCUAUUGGAAGAUAUUGAUGCAGCAUUCAAUGAAAAUAGAAAGGCCUCUGCAGAUGUUCAAGGAGUUAGUUUUUCAGGAUUAUUGAAUGCUCUCGAUGGUGUUGCUUCAUUCUCUCAAUUCCCUAGAAUUAUCUUUAUGACUACAAAUCACAUUGAUAGAUUGGAUCCUGCUCUUGUUAGACCUGGAAGAAUUGAUUUCAAAAUCAAGUUUGAAAACUCUACUAAGGAUCAAAUCAGACAAAUGGCUGCCAGAUUCUUUAAGGAUGAAGAAUUGGGAGCCAAGAUUUCUGAAUUGAUUCCUGAACACAAGUUGACCACUGCUGAAGUUCAAACCUACUUGAUGAGAUAUAUCUAUGAAAAGGAAGAUUGUCUUAAUCAUGUUGAA